CCCUCUCUGUCUCUCUCUCUCUCUCGCUUUCUCUCUCUAUAUAUUUAGCGUCACGCCUCCUUCGAUCCGACCCUUCUUUCUCUAUCCGUUGCCCAUUAUUCAGACCAGAUCCCAUUGUGAGCGAAACCCAUUUUGGGGAGCUUUGUUUUGCGUAAUUGGAGUCGAAGGUACCAUCUUUUUGGUGCUCCUUUCGGUCGUUUUGGUGGGGGGAGAGAACGAAGAACGUUACAGCAAUGGCUGCUUCGGUUGUCGGCGUGAUGGGAAAGAGCGGUUCCCAGUGGAUUCGGGUCGGAGACCGGAAGGCGAAGAACGGGGUCGGUAGGAAUGGCGGGGUCAAAGUUUGCUGUUCUUAUUCUUCUUCUUCGGUGCUGGAUCCGUACAAGACCCUGAGGAUUCAACCCGGCGCUUCUGAGUCUGAGGUCAAGAAGGCCUUCAGGCGGCUCGCGCUGCAGUAUCAUCCGGACGUUUGCAGGGGAAGCAAUUGCGGGAUGCAGUUUCAUCGGAUCAAUGAGGCGUACGAUGUUGUGAUGAGCAGUUUAAGGAGCGAAUCUAUUGAGCAAGAGAUGUAUGAAUCAUCAUCAUGUGCAUAUGAACAAGGAGGUGAUGAGGAGUUCAGAGGGAUGAACGAUCCUGAAUGGGACAUGUGGGAAGAGUGGAUGGGAUGGGAGGGUGCUGGAAUUCGUGAUUACACCUCUCACAUCAAUCCCUACGUCUAAAAAUUAUUUGUAUCUUUCUUUGUUCUGUUUCUCAAUAAUGAAUAGUGCCCCGUAUAACACCCCAAAAUAAUGAUGGGGUCUUCUUUUGUAUAAGUAGUAGAAGUAGGGUGAUGGGGUCAUUGUUCUUUGUACAUAUUAUGCAAUCUCUAAUGGAAGAAGUAGCCGAAGUUUAAAAUGAUUUGGGGUUAA